AUGUUAGCUACUUCUCCCAAAGCGAUUUCACCUGUUAAUGAUCAUAUUCCUUCAUCUCCCCCUGCUUCCAAAGAACGUUCACAGUCGACAACCUACCCUCGGGCAUUUCUUCUGUCUCUCGCAUGGCCUAACGAACACCAAGACCACCCUGCUGCCGCACCACGUAAGAUAUCUCGUCGAUUAAGCUCCUUUACGCCCAUUUUGAGGUGUUCAGUCGCCCUGACCGAUUCAGACUGGGGUAUCUCAGAGGAUCAAUCUAGCUUAUUUGAUAACCAACCUAUCUCAAGGGAUUUACCUAUCCCCUCAUCAGGAGAGAGACAUCCUUGCGAUAGAUCUAGUUCGGGUGUGUCUAGACGGAACAGUUCAGAUGAUAAAUAUGGAUAUGGUAUGUCGACGAGGGAUUCAGAGACGUUGUUCAGUUAUAGAUCGAUGGAUGACAAGGAAGGUAAAUUACCGAUUUUAGUCGAUUUUGAUAAUCCUUUUGGAACAAAUGAAAAUGGACAAAUUCGCAAUAAUGUCAACGAUUCGGAUCAAGAGAAAGAUAAAGUUCAUAAAGGGAUUGUAAAUGGGAAAGAAAGAGACAGAGAAAGUAUCUUCCCCCGAUCCGUCAAUUCAUCAACUACAUCAUUACAGCAUUUAGGUAUAAGAUUAGGUCCGAGAGAAGAUCUGGUUGAUCAAAACUCCCUCGUUGGGUUAGGAGGUAAAUUAUCAAGAUCAAAUAGUGAUUCUUCGAUUACAUCUUCCAAAUCAGUUUUGAAUUGGAGAUCAUCUUCACCUUUCGGUGGUCGUGGUCAUGGUUCUAACGAAUUAAAUCCAUUCGCUCCCCCUUUCCCGUUACCCAAUACCACCAAUGCACAUGGUAGUGGUCAAUUGGUACAUCCCAAACCUAUAAGUUUGAACGAAGCUAUCCAACGGAGGAUUUCUACAUCAAGUGAUCGUUCCAAUCCUCGCUCACAAUCAAAUUCACCUGAACCACUUGCAGUGGCGGGAUCACUACCACUUCCUAAAAACCUUCCUUCGUCAUUACCCGCCAAGCCUAGUCCGCUCCCACCGGUCUUCGUCAAAAGGGAGUCGGCGGCAUUACCUCAACCUAUGGCUUUGCCUGAUAUCGCACCAUUAGGGAAAGACUGGCAUGGCGAUAAUUCCCUGAGUGGGAAUGAGAAACGAAGAAGGGCUUCUUUGCUUCAUGCCGGACAAGCCAUCUCAAGAGGAAGUAGUCCGCUCAGUAGGGUAAUGGGAGGAGGGAGUGCACCGAAUUCGAGAAGAGGCUCGAUGGUGGGUCAUGAUGAAGUGACUAUAAGAGCUAGAUCUCCUGCAGCGGGAGAUAGGUUGAGAGAGCUUGGGAUGGUGGGUAUGGGCAGAAGGAACAGCCAUUCAAAUAAGGAAAGAUGGUAA